AUGCAGUUUAACGAUUUGAUCCCCAUUUUCGACCACCUGCAGGAACGCAUAGCGGCCAUUCAGGUUAUCAUAGACAAAGAGCGCGAAGCCUACCAUGCGAAGGAGGAUAAAAAACCUCCUGAGCCCUUUCAUGAAAUUGAACUUAAUAAACUGAAGGCGGCACUCGAUGCCUCCACAACCCUCUUCCGUCAAGAUGAAGAGCUCCGGUACGAACUGGAUGACGAUCUCCUCCAUAAUAUCGCCUAUGCUUGCCUUCAGGUUAUUAACCAAAUUGAGGGAUACAAUACCCUGCCCUUUCGGGAACCAACCGAAGAGGAAAAGGAAAUCAAACGAUCAGCGCGGGCCGCUACGAAGGCAAAACGGAAUGAGGCUGAGCAAAAAAUAAUAGAAAAGGCGAGAGCAAAGGAAGAAAUGGCCGCAAAAAAGAAUGAAGAGCGGCGUUUGCUUCGACAGCUUAUCGAAGGCAUUACGAUUGGGGACCAGCUGGUGGAGGAUACCGAAAUUUCGAAUCCCAUGCAAAGCGCCUUUGUUCAGUACGAAUCUCGUCUUCCCAUUGAGCCUUUAGAAAACUACCAAAAAGCCCUUUUUAUUUGGACCAUGAUUGUGUCCCUUCCUCAAACGCUCUGCCUUUCACGGAUGCCUUUCUCGAUGUUCUUGAAAGGGCUUCAGAUGGAAGACCAAACCAACAACGGAUUUAUGGAAGAAAUCACGCGCUGUCUCUUGGAGGUCUGCAUCCAGCGGCCCAACUUCACAUCCCCCAAUACUCCGCGCAUGUUGACCCGAGGGAAAAGUUGGUUUGAUUCCAUGGUUGAGUUUGUGGCGCUGGCGAGCGGUAAUAAGAAGAAGACUACGCAACGGAAACAACCGAAAUCCCCAUCCACAGAAAGCGAGGAAGAUGAAGAAGAUAGCGACAGUGAUACUUCCUCAGAGGAGAAUUCUAGUUUUGACAGCGAUACCUCGGAGACUGAAUCGACCUCUCCCAAAAUGCCUAGGUCGAGAAAGAAUGAGGAUGAUGCAAAGACGCCGCCUUCUGCUGAAGCGGAAGACGAAGUUACUGGGUUUGAUAAGGAGCUGAAAGUAACCAUGGAACAUAUUACUGAGCUUCGUGCGUUAGCCACGUGGGGCAAUGUAAAUAAAGAAGAUCGUCUAAAUCUGCUCAUCUUUCUUGUACGCGAGGUCCUCAGUACUCCUAAAGCGCGUAAAGAAUCUGAUGAAUUACUUAAAAUGUGUGAAAAACGCAUAACAUCGAUGGAUAAGCGUAUUCGUGAAAUUCGAGAAGAUGCAGAGAAGGAGAUCAACAAUCUUUUAAAAACUUUGCGUUGCCCCACCUCAAAGGAAGAAAAAGAAGCGGAUAAUGCUGAGAGUAAUGAUUAUAAUACCAAACGAAACCAAAUUCUGAAGGAUUUGGAAAAAAAGCACCACGAUGUGUACCUCAACCUUUAUCAAGAGGUGGAUAAACUUAAUAUUGGUUCCAUCAUUGAACCCCUUGGGAUGGAUCGAUACCGUCGUUUGUACUGGCGCUUUCCUUUCGACCAUGACGUGCAUGUCCAGACUAUUGAUACAACGGUGCCGGACUUUCCUAUUUUACCGGUACCCGAGGAGGUCACUGCUAAAAAACAGGCAGCUUUGCUGUUUGAUGAGGAGGAGGACUUACCAACCUACAAUUUUCGUUUACGUCUGGAACACUAUCAGUUCAAGAAGUCCCCGAGAUUGACGGAACCGAAUAACAUCAAUGAGGGACCGGCCCAACGGCACUGGGGUACCAUACCAUCGUAUUAUUUACCCUCUUUUGUGAAGGGACUUGACUGCCGCGGUGAGCGGGAGGCCCGCUUACGGAAAGCACUCGAGGAGUUCCUACCUUACUCGCAAAUCGAAACGCCAUCGCCGACAGGUCGUCUAACACGUUCCCGUGUGCACGCACUCGGUUAUGUCAACCUGUUAAAGAGUUCUUUCUAG